UACCAUGGAAGGUCCAACACAACUGACAAUAACGCGGAUGGUGGACAACCGGAGACAGAUCUACAUCUCACCCGAAGCGGAGAGGAUCAUCUCCAACCUCCAGCCUCGCUCCGUGGACGUGGUGGCAGUGGUGGGGCCGAUGAGGAAGGGAAAGUCCCAUUUAGCAAAUCUCCUGUGCAAAAGGAAGGCUGGAUUUCCACUUGGAGACAAAUUGGAAUCGGAAACAAAAGAUUUUUGGUUCUGGAUCGUUCCCCACCCUGUUCAGAUAGAUCGUUAUCUUAUGGUCAUCGACACUGAAGGCUUGGGCGACUACUCCGAUGAGGAACAGAACGAGAAAGACAUGAAGAACCUUGUUUUGGCCACUCUGCUUUCAAACCACCUGGUAUUCAACCUCCAGGGAAACCCAGACCACAGCUUUGUUUCUAAUCUGAGGUUGAUGGGAGAUCUCGCAGAUCGUAUCCGUGUACAGAAAGAUGGAAACGACGAUGGUAGCAACCUUGGUGAGCACUUCCCGGGGCUAUGGGUUACCGUGCAACAGGCGCACCUAAAACCACCUGAAAGGAACGGUAAACCCCUGACCCCUGAUGAGUUUCUGGAGGACAUGCUGAAGCGAAAAGAUGGCCACACAAAAUCAAUCCGUUCCCACAAUGAGAUGACUGACGCAGUGAAGGCUUUCUUCCCGAAGCGGCAUCUCCGAAUGAUUCCUGCACCCUCCAUUGACACGGAUGUCUUGAGCAACCUUGACAAGGUGACGGAUAACGAACUACAAAAGAAAUACAUGGAUACUGUCGGCAAGUUAACCCAUGAGAUCUGGAACUCUGGUCAGGUCAAAAGGGUUAAUGGAGAUGACAUAAAGACAACAGGCCUUAUUCACGCCAUGAAGUACUACGUCGACGCCAUCAACGACCCAAACGCCGUUCCAUCUGUCAUCGGCGCUCACGAGGCCAUGGUGGAAGGGGAGUGUCGUAGGGCUUCGAACGAGUGCAUGAAACAAUUCCAGAAAACUGUGGAGAAAAAAAUAAAGCCACUGAUGCCGACUGACGAGGAGACCUGCAACAGAAGGAUCACAACAGCGGCAGAGGAUGCCGUUUCGAAGCUGACUCCAGACGUGGGGAAAUGGGACAAAGACGGAACAUGGAAGGAAGGUCUCCAGGAAAAAAUGGAAGCAGAACGUCUUGGGUUGCUCAAGAUUAACGGCUCCAAGUCAAAGGAUGUCUGCGAAAAGAUCAUGGGGGAAGCUGACAAAAGUGUCCGACAGAAAGUGGAAAGUGGUGGCUACAACAGAGUCGGGGGGUUCGACAUGUAUGUAAAGGACAUGGAGGGUGUGAUCCGCACCUACAAUCAAAAAGCUUCUGGAAAAGGCCCUUCAUUUGAAAAGGUCCUUAAGACCUUUCGCGCAACGGAGGAGACAAGGAGGAACACGAUCAAGCACGCAGCUCGAAAGGCAGAAGAGGAUGACAGCCGAUUCAAGGAAGAACAGAAGAAGAGACGAGAGGCUGAGGAGGCAAAAGAGAGGGUCGCUGAAAGGGAAAGGCAAGCAAGGGCUGAAGCAGAGAGGGCCAAUGAGAGGCUGAUGGAAAGGGCUCAAGGCAACGGAGGUGGCAUGGGUGCAGCUGAUGUGGCAGGGAUGGGCUUGUAUGCUGUGGGGCAGGGGUUGAGAGGCAUGGCUUAUUUACUUGCGCUCGCGUUAGAGGAAUCAGCGCGAAGGAAUAAUGGGCCAUAAGUUUGAGCCCACUUGAAACAAAUACAAAUGAGUGCCUAAAAUCACACCUUGACCAUGCCGAAGAACCCACAAUACUUAUCAAUAAGGGUAUACCCAAGUGUGAGUGGAUUUAGCAAGUCUUAUUUCAUUCAUUACGAAACCUUAAUCUUAAGGUAGUGUUUCGCCUUGAAGGGAUUUCUUUUCUUCUGGUGGUAGGAUACUGGAGAAAACAAAAACAUAAUAUCAUGUCUACGAUACGGUGUAUCGGGUUAAGCUUUGCUUUGGUUGCUUCACUGUGAUUUGAAAACGAGGCAUGCAGCGACAGGAGAAACCACUGUAGUAUAGACAAAGAAUUAUAGACUUUAUUAUAACCUCUAUGAAAACAGAGGCAUCCUAAUCCCAUGGUGUGUUUGUUUUUUUGUUUACUGACAGUGGUGUGUAUGUCCGCAGUUAUACAAUCUGCAUUGAAAUAUCAGUUCAGUAUUGUAAAUACAACAAUACAGUUUUUCUUUGUAACGAACGCACUGUUAUUAUGUAUAAAAUCAAGAUUCUCACCAAGAAUAUUACCAAGUAAAUCAAGACCUGACAUAUUCAUUGUGAUAUUAUGUUUACGUCGGUGGCAAAAUGUAAUGCUUUUAGCUUGACAUGUCACAUCACACAAUAACGUACACUAUGAACGAGCCGGAACGAAAGCUUACCCUGAUGUAUAUGUAUCAUACAUGCAUACAAUGAUAAACUGAUACAUGUUAACUUUAAUAAUUUUUAGUUUUUCACAGGUCGUUCAUAUAUUGUUGGUGUAGACUGCUUGGUUGAAAUUAAAGUCUUACUUUAAAUGAG